AUGGCCAAGGGUAAAAUAGGCAGGCAAUUUGCUUUGUUGUUGAAGGAAGAGAGAGAGAGAAUAGAACAUGGUUUCAUUGAUCAUAACUCUCCUUUCAGUAUUUCAGAUGGGUUAGAUCAUCACAGAAACAGGUACAGUAAUGUCACACCCUACAAUUUCAAUAGGGUCAGGCUUCCCGUAAUGGAUACAGAAACGAAUGAUGAUUACAUAAAUGCCUCUCAUAUCGAAGUAACGUAUGGCCAGAGUAGCGGUCGUUAUAUUGCUACUCAAGGCCCCACUCCAAAUACCAUCACAGAGUUCUGGCAAAUGUGCUACAAUGAAGUCAAGGGAAAUAAUAUUGUCGUCGUUAACUUGACACCUUUGGUAGAGCAAGGGGUCAGAAAAUGCCACGUCUAUUGGCCUAGAAAUAUGCAUGAAAGCUUGAAGAUUCCUACCAGUAAUGGGGUUUAUAAAUCAGAAUUCAAUCUUCAAGUGAAAGAGUUGAAAUCAGAAAAUGGUUUCAACAUAACUGUGAUGGACAUGGUUUCCGAAACUCUUCCCACCAAGAAAUGCUAUCAUAUAUGGACCAGUAACUGGGCCGACUGUUCGACUCCUUCUUUGGAAGAUGAGUUGCAUCAUAUCUCAAAAACUGCCUCACAUCUCAAAGACCCCAACGAUCCUUUAAUUACACAUUGUUCAGCCGGUGUUGGCCGGACAGGAACGUUCAUCACGUUUGAUUUCAUGCUGAAUCAUAAACAGGCACUGGUUGAAUGUGACGACCCGGUGUGGGAAAUUGUGAAGCAACUUCGGGAACAAAGAAUGAUGAUGGUGCAGACAUACGCUCAAUACGACUUUCUUAAGCAUGCUUGGAGUGACAUCUUGAAUGAAUCAUCCUAG